AUGAUGAAUAGAAAUAUUUUUUCUUUUCUUUUUAUGAUGUCUGGCCUAAAUUUCUUGAAUGGGGAUAUUGAUGUUGUGAUUUUCGGAUUUUUGUUGGUUGCUGUAAAAUGUAUUAUGUUCUUUCUUCUUGAUGUAAAAAAAAUCUCUCCUUUGUUAUGUGUAAACUGCUUCUCUUAUAACAGUAAGAGAAUGAAACUUUUGGGGGGAAAAGAAUCUGGACUUGAACAUUUGUGUUAUGCUGUCUCACUCCUUUUUUGUUACAGUUCUGACUUGGCCUAUAUAUAUAUAUAUAUAUAUGCAAUUUUGGGUUGUAUGUUUGCAGCUAUUUUUGACAGAUUUUGGCCUCUUAUGGACAGCCUAUGGAGGGCUGCAAUGCAGUCCAUUUUGACAGCAUUUUGGCCUCUUGUGAUUGUUCUUUUUUUUUUUGUGAUGUAA